AUGAUAAAAAAUACAGUAAAUAAAAUUAUUAAUAUAAAAGAAAAAGUUUCAAAACAAUAUAUACAUGGGUAUAUUAUUUAUAUUAUAUUUAAUAUACUAUUGUUAAAUUACUUAUUAUUAUAUUUUGUGUUAAAUUUUUAUAAUAAUAAAUACUUAGGAGUUAAAAAAGAUUUUUCAUCUAUUAAAUCAAGUAUAUUAGAAACAAAUAAUGAAAAAGAAAAGUAUAACACAUUUACAUACUUAAUAUGUGUUAUAUAUAUUAUUUUUUCUCUAAUUUUUUAUGUUCUAGAAUUUUUUAUAAAAUUUAAUGGAACAUUUUUAAGUGAUCUAUAUUUAUUUAGAAAAAAAAACUUCAUUGAUUAUAAUGUCAAAAUUCCACAGAAUAAUAAAAAAAAUACAGAAAUAUAUGUUACAAUAAAUUAUAUUUUUAUAUAUUUUCUGUUAACAAUAUUAGGACUAAUUAAAUGCAAUAUAGAUGAAUAUUUUUUUUAUUUUUUUUCUCUUAUAAUAAUAUGUGAAAUUAAUACUCCUUUAAAAGUGUUCAUGGUUUUUAUAAAAAUUAUAAAAAAGUAUUAUAAAAAUAGUUAUAUGAAAAAAGAAUAUAACAAUGUAGACAAUAUUAAGAAAAGAGAUCUUUAUUUUUUUUUUUGUUAUUUUAUUAUCAUAAGAUAUUUAGGAAAUUUUUCAUUAUAUGAAAAGUUUAACAUAUACAAAUAUUUGACGUUUAAAAAUUAUUCAGAAAAACUAUCAAGGAAUAAAUAUUUUAGUAUGAUUAAUUUUCAAAAUUAUGUAAGUCCAAGCCUUUUUUAUAAGGACAUUCUUAAAAGGGAUUUAUUAAAUUAUAUGAAAAAUAUUUUCAAGUUUUUAAAAAAAUACAUACGUAAAUUUAACUAUACAUUUAUUUUUAUAAAUAACAGUGCUAAGAAUAUUUUAUCUAAGUUUUUCAAUAUUUUACAAUAUAUAUUAACUGAAAAUUUUUUUUUUUUCAAUAACAUAGUAAAAGAAGAAAAUAUUUGCACUAUAAAAACUGAAAAUAGUGAGUUAAAUCAUGGAGCUACUGAAUUAAAGAAAAAAGAAAAAGACAUGAAUACAAGUGAAAUACAUAAAUGUGUAAAUAAAAAAAAUAAAAAAGUUUUACAUGAACAACCUAUAAAAAGGAAUCAAAUUAAACAGAAAAUAAUACAUAAUGAUAAUACUUUAUGUGAAGAAGAAAAUGAAUAUAUAGAUGAACCAAAUUAUUUUUAUGAGCUUAGUAAAAAGGAAUAUCUUAAAAUGAAAAGGAACGUAAAUAAAUAUAAUAAUUAUUAUGAAUAUUUUAAAAAGAAUAAACCGAAUAGGAGCGAAGAUGAAUAUGUUAGUACUUCAGAAAAUGAAAACUUUAAUUUUAUUAAAAGAAAGAAAAGGCAGUUUCAAGUAGUUGAAGCAGAUAAAAAUAAAUUUAUUUUUGAUAAUUUAGAAGAUAACGAACUUAGCAAUGAUAAUACUUCAAAAAAAUAUUUUAUUGAUAUAGAAGAUGAGGCAUGUAUUUUUAUUAACGAAGAUGAAAAUAAAAGAAAUGAUAAUAAAGGAGGGGAAAAUAAAAAAGAUAAUUGUAUAGAAAAAAAAAUAGAUGGAGUAAAUGAAAAUUAUAAUAAUGCAUCUAUAUAUUAUCCAUAUUUAAAAGAACCAAGUAAUAUUGAUAUACCUAAUAAAAAUAAAAACGGUGACUUAUAUAAUAAAGAUAAUAUAUGUGGAGAAAAUAAUUACUCAGAUGAUGUUUCUUUUAAAAAGGGAAACAAUGAAAUUUGCAAUAAAAGAAAAAAACACAAGGAAACAUAUACCAAAAAUGAUAUAAAAGGUUGCUGUUUUAGUAUGAAAACAAAUGAAUUAAAAAAAUUUAUUCACGAAAAAGGUUGUCAAUCCGAAAGAAAAAAUAAAAAAGAAAUUAAUAUUGAAAAUUCUAUGGAAAGGAAAAAUAUGAAAAAUAUAGAAAUAUAUAAUUUCAAAAAUGAGAAAAAAAAAAAAAAAAGCAUAGCAUGUUCUGAUAUACAGAAUAAUUCAGAAGACAGUUUGAAUUUUAAAAUUUUUAAUAUAAAUAAAAAAACAAAUAAUAAAUACAAUAUUAAAAAUGGUCUUAAAAAAAAAAAUAAUGAUAUUUUUAUUGGUGGGAAUGAAGCAAAUGUGCUUUCUAAAAGUAGCAUUUUUUAUGAAGUUUGUAAUCAACAAGAAAAGAAUAUUCUACGAAAAAAAAAAAAAAUGAAGAACUUAAAAAAAAACUUAAAGAUUUUUUUAUCUAAUUUUAAGAGAAAAAUGGAAAUAUGCAUUUUUUUAAAUAUGGUAUAUAAAAUUAUUUCAUUACUAAAUAUUUUAUUAAUUUUUUUUGUGAAGGGGAUUUAUAUGUAUAUUAAUUUAUAUUAUUUUAUAUCUAAAUAUAAAACUUCUUUCUUUUUUCAAAAAAUACUUUUAACUUUAAUACAAUGCUCAUUUUUUUUUUUAUUUCAUUUAUAUGCAUAUGAAUACAAAAAAAAAAAAAAAAAAUAUUAA